GAAGACAAAAUUUAUCAAUUUGACCACUAGAACAUCCUCUGCCUCACUCUUUCUAGGGUUCCUUUCUAUACUCUCUUUCUUCCUUAUAUAAGCAGAGGGUUCUGUCCGUUCUCGUUUCAGCAACCUCUACCUUCGAUCAAUUUUCCUUUGAUUCAGUUGAGUUUUGUUAAUUAAUGGAGGGUUUCACUUCAUCAGUCGAGAAUCCGAUUGUGUUGACGCCAAUGCCUCCAGUCGCCGAUCCAGAUGCAUGUGAAGACGUCUGUAGCAUUUGCUUGGAGCCUUUCUCUUCUGAUGAUCCUGCCACUAUUACCAAUUGCAGACACGAGUAUCAUCUUCAGUGUAUCCUUGAAUGGUCUCAAAGAAGCAAAGAGUGCCCAAUAUGCUGGCAAUCGCUUGUCUUGAAGGACCCUGCCAGUCAGGAGCUUCUUGCAGCAGUGGAAAUUGAAAGGAAUUCAAGAUCAUGGCAUAGAUUGUCCAAUACUCACCUUCCCCCUGAAGACUAUCAAUUCAGCCAUGAUGCUCCCUACACAGAUGAUUCAGAUUUUCAUGAGCGAAUUAUGCAGCAUCUAGCUGCUGAUGCCCUUGGCAGGCGACAUUUUAGUAGGAGGGGGAGGCGCAGAACCUCUGGCAUGGAUCCAUCCCAAAUCUUUGUUUUUGCCUCUCCUGAAAAUGAAUCUGAUGUUCAGGAUACAUACAUAACUGCAUCAACAGAACCUCAAAAUAUGUUAUCUCCUCAUGCUUCUCCAGAAAGUAUCCAACCUUCUGCCAUCAAUGCUCGGGCACCAUCCUCUCCAGUUUCUUCUUAUGUACAUAUGAGCUCUGACACUUCAGACCAUAGUGUUCUUUCUAGAGAGACACCACCCAGCAGUCCCCAAAGCUCUCGCUCAUCUGAGUUGCUCUCCUUCUCAGAAUCACUUAAAUCUAGAUUUACUGCUGCGUCUGCCAAAUAUAAAGAAUCAAUCUCGAGAAGUACCAGAGGUUUCCGGGAGAAGCUAUUGGCACGGAACAAUUCAGUUAAGGAGCUGAGCAGGGAAGUUCAGCGUGAGGUGAGUGCUAGUAUUGCUGGUGUUGCUCGCAUUAUGGAGCGUCUCGAUCCUAUAUCAAAGCGUGCAGGAGGUUCAGCACCUCCUUCCAGAUCUAGUGAAGGGACCUCAAGUUUUUCUUACGAAGGGAAGGGUGUGCAAGAAAACCCAAUUGUUCAGUCCCAAAAUAAAAAUGAUGUGGAAAUUGUUGAUGGCACAGAUUCCAAUGCACCUUUCCAUGUCAUGGGAAGCCUUUCUUCUGUUCCAGGUCGUUUGAAAUUUCCUCAAGCACAGGUCUAAAACACUUCCCUUUUGGAAUUUGUAUUAUUGAUUAGCUUAUCGUUGUUGGUUUCUUCU